CCGACGACCGGAGCGUCCGCCGCUCCGCAGGCGCUGUGAUGUGUGGAGCCCAGACGCGGCGGAUCCCACGGCGUAACUACCGACCCCGGGUGGCGUUUUUGGGAAAGUUGCAAGACGACAAUUCGCCCCGAGCGAUCCGAGGAAGAAGCAAGCGGCGAGCAGCCGCGAACCCCGCGGCGCUUGUGUGAGAAAGUGGAAGGAAGUGCUGGUUUUGCCCCCCUCCGAUGGAGGCUGACGGGACCGUCUCGGUGCGCCAGAGGCCGGAAUGAUCACCUGUGAAACGCCGCAGUGUCCGCGUCUCAUCUGCGCCGAACUUCAGCGGGGGCUACGAGCAAGAGUCGGAAUACGUCGACUUAUUUUCUAGCCAACUUUCUGUCGUCAUCCGAACCCCAUUUAUCCUGCGUGGGUCCGUCCGAAGGGGGAAAAAGUUGGGAAAUCGACGUCAGCUGAGCCGAGCUGGGUCCGAGGGAGGCAGGAUGACUCUCAUUGAUGUGACUUAGCUCCUCUCUACUCCCGAAUAGGAGGCCAGAUUCAGCAUCCGAAAAAACAACAGACCCCCACCUACUUCUCCCUCUGGAUGGAUUUGCUGCAGAAAGCUGGGGUUUUUUUUCCUCAUUAGAGCAUUUUGACAUUUUUCACCCCAUUUGGGGUAGCUUCUUUUUUUAAUUUUUCGAGUUUUUUUUUUUACCCAAGUGCCACUUUUUAUGUGUGUGUGUGUGUGUGUAUAUAUAUAUAUAUACCAACCAUGUCCUCUAAAGACAAUCCUUGUCGGAAAUUUCAAGCCAACAUUUUCAACAAGAGUAAAUGUCAGAACUGCUUCAAACCCAGAGAGUCGCAUUUGCUGAACGACGAAGACUUAAACCAGGCCAAACCUGUAUACGGAGGAUGGUUGCUGCUCGCGCCUGAAGGCACAAAUUUUGACAAUUCCUUGCACAGAUCUCGGAAAUGGCAGAGGAGGUUCUUCAUCCUGUACGAGCACGGCCUACUCCGAUACGCUCUGGACGAGAUGCCCAGCACCCUGCCUCAGGGCACCAUCAACAUGAACCAGUGCUCCGACGUCAUCGACGGAGAGUCCCGCACCGGUCAGAAGAACUCCCUGGUCAUCCUCACCCCCGACAAGGAGCACUUCAUCCGCGCCGAGUGCAAGGAAAUCAUCAACGGGUGGCAGGAGGCUCUGACUGUCUAUCCGAGGACCAACAAGCAGAACCAGAAGAAGAAGCGCAAGGUGGAACCCCCCACGCCCCAGGGCGGAGUCCCUCUGAACGGCUGGUUUUCCACCGGAGCCUUGAACGGACACCCAGAGCCCGGCCCGGCCAAAGUGACGGUUACCAGCACCACUAGCAGCAGUAAUGCCAGCGGAGGAGUGGGCGUGGUGGGAGGAGGGGGCAGCAUCCCCUGCCUGCCCAGCGCCAUAGCCAGCGCCGAGCGGGUUCCGGCCAGCCGGGCCUCCCUGUGGCAGGAGGAGGGCCGCUGGAGCCGGGCCACCAUCCCCUGCAGUCGCAGCACCUCCUGCCUGAGCCAGCUGGCCCAGAGCCACCCAGGCUCCACCGCCAACACCCAGGACGACACUGGCAACGUAAGCACCGGGCGGAAGGUCCGGGUGGAGAGCGGCUACUUCUCUCUGGAGAAGACCAAGUCGGAGCCUCCUCAGCACCUCCCCCUGACCCCCUCACCGUCCGCCACCUCCCUGGGAGCCCCCAACCACAGGUACACCUCUCCUGACUCAGAUCCUCACACUUCCCCCCUCCACCCUUCCCCGGACCCCCUCUCCUCCCCAGGCACGCUGCUCUCCCCCACCUACUCCACCAUCAGCUCCUCCCAGAGCUCGCUGGACUCUGAGCCCAGCAGCAGUGCCCCCAGCUGCGAUGGCCGGGGUGGGACGGGCACCGCCAGCGUAGGCAGAGCGGGCCGGAGCGGAAGGGAGUACGUGGUGCUGGCCGACGUGCCCCGGGCUCGCAGGCUGAGCUACCGAGAGGCGUUCCGCUCAGAGAAGAAGCGGCAGGAGCUGCGGGCCCGCACGCGGAGCCCUGGCAGGGAGGAGGUGGCCCGACUGUUUGGGGAGGAGCGCAGGCGUUCCCAGGUGCUGGGUCGGUUUGAAGAGGGUCAGGCGGAGGAGUGCAUGGACACCAGCGCGUCCUCCGACCCGUCCUGCCUCGCCGCGCCGGCUCCGAGGCAGGGCCGCAGCGAGAGACGCUACCUCGCCAAAAAACCGGAGUUGUCUUUGGAUUCUGGGAAGGAGCGUGCGGUCCCAGACGUGUCAAGUUCAACGCUCUCCAACCUCAGAAGAGCGAAGUCUCUCGACCGCAGAGUCACCGAGACCUCCAUGACUCCGGAUCUCCUGAACUUCAAGAAAGGAUGGAUGACCAAGUUGUAUGACGAUGGCAUGUGGAAGAAACACUGGUUUGUUCUGACGGAUCAAAGUCUGAGGUACUACAAAGACUCCAUAGCAGAGGAGGCUUCAGAAAUGGAUGGCGAGAUCGACCUGUCCACAUGUUACGAUGUGAAAGAGUUUCCUGUCCAGAGGAACUACGGCUUCCAAAUCCUGAGCAAAGAGGGGGCAUGCACCCUGUCAGCCAUGACCUCAGGGAUCCGCCGCAACUGGAUCCAGGCCAUCAUGAAGAACGUGAGUCCGACCAUCGCCCCCGAUGUGACCCGAUCCCUCCCUGAGGAGAAGGCAAGGGCCCGGGUGGUGCUGGAACCCUGUCCCCAGCCCUCUCCAGAGCCUCACCCCAGACCUGAGACUCCCGGCAGGGCGGAGGUCCAUGCACAGCAAACUGGGAACGGCAUCCCAGUCCUUGCCUCGGAGCCACGCAAGAGUCGGGUCCGUGAGCGCAGGCGGGAGGGCCGCUCUAAGACCUACGACUGGUCCGAGUUCAAGGCGGGACAGACCGAGAUGACCAAGUGGGAGCGGGCAGAGACAGUCGAUGUCGGCUCAGCCCUGUCCUCCUCUACAACCUCCUCUUCUUCCUCCUGUUCAUCAUCAUCUUCCUCCUCUUCAGCUUCCUCUCCCAUCUCUGCCACCUCCUCUGCCCAGACCUCCUCCUCAGUGUCCAUCCCACCCCCAGUUGCUUCCACAGCAACUGCAGAGGCAGCCGGAAGUGACCGAACACGUUGGGAUGAGAGGAGGCGUGUCUUUCAGCAACCCACGCCAAGCACGACUAAUGGCAAUGCCAACGCUGUCACUGGGACAAUCACAUUAAAUGCUACAUCAGAGGUGCGGUCGCUAAUUGCAGAAGCCCAAGAACCAGGGACAAUGGAGGUGGACCACCCCUCAGCUGCACCCCACAACCUCACUGAGGAGGGGAGCGGAGAGAGCGAAGAGAGAAUCUCGAAUGUGCAGGUUGAGAUCGAGCAUCGCUGGCAUCAGGUAGAGACAAUGCCGCUUAGAGAAGGGAAGCAGGUUCCCAUCACCACGCCUGUAGGAAACUCAGUUAGCACUGACAGACUCCCCGCACAUGAGCUGGCUGCCCUACUGGACAAAGAGCUGGGACAGAAGCAAAAAGAGCUCGAUCGCCUGCAGGAGCAGAACAGCCUUCUCCAGGAACAACUGGAAGACGCUCAAGGGAGAGCGCAAAGUGCCAGAGAGGGCUAUGUCCUGCAGGCAACAUGCGAACGGGGCUUUGCAGCCAUGGAGGAGACCCACCAGAAAGUGAUUGAGGAUCUCCAGAGGCAGCACCAGAGAGAGGUCACCAAACUCAUGGAGGAAAGAGAGAGGCUACUGGCAGAGGAAACUGCUGCUACUAUCGCCGCUAUUGAAGCUAUGAAGAACGCACACAAAGAGGAGCUGGAGAAGACCCAGCGCUCCCAGCUCAGCGGGCUGAACUCCGACAUUGACGAGCUUCGCCUGCAAUAUGAAGAGGAGUUGCAGUCCAUCCAGAGGGAGCUGGAGGUUCUGUCGGAGCAGUACUCCCAGAAGUGCCUGGAGAACGCUCACCUGGCCCAGGCGCUGGAGGCCGAGAGGCAGGCCCUCAGACAGUGUCAGCGGGAGAACCAGGAGCUCAAUGCACACAAUCAGGAACUGAACAACAGACUAACGGCAGAGAUCACCCGUAUGCGUUCAUCUUUCAGCGGGGAAACGGCACUGUCGCCGCUGACCCAGGGCAAAGACCUGUAUGAGCUAGAGGUGUUGCUACGGAUCAAAGAGUCGGAGAUACAGUAUCUCAAACAGGAAAUACACUCCCUGAAAGACGAACUCCAGUCUGCUUUAAGGGACAAGAAAUAUGCCACAGACAAAUACAAGGACAUCUACACGGAGCUCAGCAUUGUGAAGGCGAAGGCUGACUGCGACAUCAACAAACUGAAGGAGAAGCUCCUCGUUGCGACCGAGGCUCUGGGCGAGCGAGCCUUGGACAGAACCGAUAGCCCCGGAUAUGAUAUAAUGAAAUCCAAAAGUAACCCGGACUUCAUGAAGAAGGAACGAUCGACAGUUGUUACCAAGCAAAUCAGAGGCAUGAGGUCAAAGAGCCUCAAAGAGGGCCUGACCGUGCAGGAACGAAUGAAGCUAUUUGAGGCGAAAGAUUCAAAAAAGAUUUGAAUCCUGGGAAUCUGGAGUUUCCUCCUUGUCGUUUUCUUGCCCCCCCCCCCUCCUCCAGUCAGACUGGUAAGGCUUUGCCAGCCGAACAGGAACUGGCAGGAUCAGUACAUAAACAUGGGCUCGCUGCAACCCGGUACCCAAUGCGAGGUUGUAGUGUGUUUUUUGUGGAUUGUUUUUUUUUUCCUUUUAAAAGUGAAUUCUCAUCUUUUUUUUGUUUUUGUUUACACCACUGAAUCGAUCCUGUGUAAAGUUUUCCUGUGGUAAUAACCUUCACCUGGAAAUGGUCCUGAAUGGUGAAACCUCAUGCUUCUGCUCUCAGCUUUUGAGAGGGCUAACCGACGGUGUUUCAUAUUAGUUAUUGAUCCUCCAAAAAGCCAAAAUGGAUAGCAAUACACAGUAUGGAUAAUAUAUAAAUAUAUAUAUAUAUAUAUCCCCGAAUAGGAAUUCAUAGAAUAUCUGCUGUAUUUUAUUGUUUUGAGUACUAUAAUUUCUCUAAUUGAUGAUUUCUCUGUUUAAUGUUGCACCGGUUGCGUUGUACAUAACUACUGGAUAUGUGGAAGUCUGGGUUGCCAUUGACGAUUGGGGCAUCUGCUGUACUUAGAUACUGGUUUGAUUGAUAGUGGGGUGAAAAUGUGAUUCUAAUCUUGGUGACGUGUGAGAGUUUUAUAACAUUAUUUGAGUGUCUGUGUGCGUGUGGGGGGUUGUAAUGGGAGGGUUGCACUUAUAUCUUGACUACUUGAGGAAGCAGAUUUUUUUUCUUUAUUUUUGUCUCAAAUUAGUAUAGUGACUUAAAGCCACCUGCUAUUACAGUGCAACCAAACUUGAUGACUUCUGUCCAAUAUAGUUAAACCGCCCUAACUUGCCAGUGAUGAUACGGAAGCUUCUCUCUCGCUCUCACUCUCUCCUCUCCUUCCUCUCCUUCUCUCCCUUCUCCCUCUCUCUCUCUCCCUUUCUCUCUCUCGCGUGUGCUUACAUCAUGGACUUGGGUUUGCUCAUAGUUUUGAGUUCAGUGUGAGAAAUUCAUCUCGGAGAACAAAAAACCGACUCUACUACACUUACAUAUUUAGAACUUUGCAUGACUGUAUGAUAAUUUGAUAUGUGGAAUGAUCACUUUGCCUCCUUUUUUCCCCUGCUUUACUUUUCAGUGUGGAUCUCUGGCAUCGAUAAGCUUUGCAUUGCAAGUCCUUUUGGUUUAGCUGUUAAGAUUCAGAUGUUUUACUGUAUGAAGCUGUCCUGAAGCACUAGGCCCAAUCCCCAAACUUUAAUUGAAAUCCUUGUCUUUUGAGAUAGUCUUUGUGCCUCAACCGAGUGAAGAAAUAUAUACAACCAUGAAACCUGUGCAGCUAUGGGUACACACUGUAUAGUAUUCAAAUAACACCUUGUGUGAAUAUAUAUAUAUAUAUAUAUAUAUAUAUAUAUAUAUGCGCCAUUUGGAAAACUUGUUUGUGUUUGUUUUUAAGUUGUACCUUGCUUACUAGCUCUAUAUGAAAUAUAUCUAUAAAUAUAUGAAUAUUUUUUAUUUUUGUUUGAAUGUACGUCAAAUAAAUGAAGUGUUUCUGAA